AUGAAGCUUAGCAAAAAAUCAAACAAUUCAGAAGAAUUAUUUGAACAAAUUGACAGGCUAAAAACUUUCUGUGGCCUUGGCAUUCAAAAUUCUGAGGGUGAUAAUUCCAAUGUUGAUGUCAAGAGGGCGCACAAGCUUCUCAAAAAGAUCAUUAUUAAACUUAACCAAGACACUAUCCCAGCUCAUAGCACCACAAUAUCCACAAUCCAAGGCUCAUAUGAUAUAAAUUCAGCGCCAAGUUUCAAGAAUAUCGAUGAUAUAAUCAAAUGUUGCCUAAUUCUAAUCUCAAACACAAUUUCGCACCUUUCUAUGCGAAAAAUGUCAAAGCAGCCAAUUAUAAAGGUUCGACAAAGAUUUCGCGAAAUAUUGUCGAUGCUAAUUGUGCAAAAAUUUGAUGAUGUCACAGAUAUAGUCAUGAACUUUUUACGUGAUGAAAUGUUUUGCGAUGGAUUCGUUGCUGAUGUUUUCAAGUCAUUAUGGUCAUGCCGAGAGCAAUGUGAAGCUAUACUUGAUAAAAUAUUGAACUUGAUUGAGGAACUAGUGAUUGUGAAUCGAGUCAAUGAAGCGAGAUGCAUUGUGAAAGGAUUGUCGAAGAGUAUUGACAAAAACUUAGUGGAUAUGAGCAGUCAAGGAUUGUCAAGGCUGUUGUCACUUUAUCAUUUGAGUGUGGAAGAAUUGGAACCGCCGAAUAAACUAUAUCAUCUCAAGUACGGAUUUGAGAAUUCUUUAUUGAAAAUUUUCAACGUCAUGGAAGUCGAGGAACUGACUAAGUUACUCCCAAAAUUCUUAAAACUCACAUUCGAGACUAAAUUCAUGACUGAAUUGGCAUUGAAGGAAUUCGCGUUGACCCUAACGCACGCCUUUAUGAGACUGUCAAGGAACAAAAUUGAUGAAAAUUUACAGCCUGAAAUAUUUGAGUUUCUUUUAGCUGCCAUGACAUUGAACUGUAAGACAAAAAGCUCAUUAGCCUGUCGUUAUUUGACCCACCUUCUUGAUCAUUUCAAUAAUUUUGAUGAAUUUUCAACGCCAAAAAUUUUCUAUCAAGGAACACCAUACAAAAUAAAAAUUCCAAGUGAAUCAGCAAUAAAAUUCAAUGAUGAUCAUCGACUAUUGAUUCAGACAUCACUUCUCGCAGCAAUUAAGCUUCAUGGUUGCAUAACUAGUAAUUUGUGUGCAAUUUUCAAGGUCAUUUGUAUGAUGAUUGUCAGUUUACCAUCAUCACAUACUUUCAUUAUGAUAAUUACAACAUUAAUGCAGCUCCAGACAUUCAUGCUCGAUGAGGACUCAUCAAAAUUUACACAAGUCGAUAAAAAUCACAUUCAUGCAUUUAUUGUGUCAAUAAUGACACUCAUUUGUUGGGUAACACGAGCUAAAUCACUCACAAAAUAUAUCAAUGAGAUUGUAAAAGUGAGAUUUACUGUUGCCCCGCAUUUAAAUCCACCAUUAAAGAAAUUUUACGAAUAUGAGGAUCAUCAUGUGUUGAACUAUAAAGCUGAACUCUUUCUUGAUAAAUGGGAAAUUCGAUAUUGCUUAUGGAAUCGAUAUAAGUUAAAUGAGGACAGACUUUGUGACGUUUCUAAAGUUGAGUACUGUAAAAGUGAAAAUGGCAAUGAGAAGAAGAAAGGAAGACGAUUCAAGAAGUUUCAUUUAUUUGGACGAAGAUCAAGUGAACAUUUAAUGAGAAUUGAAAGCUUUCCAAGCUACUUUGAGGAGGAACUGAAUAAAAUUUGAUGAUCAAGAACUGAGCAAUACACUGUUAAUGAAUGUUUUCGGCAUUCCCUAAUUCUUGGCUUCAACUAAGAAACCUCAAAAAGGUUAAAAAUAAGGAAGGUCAAGAAUCAAUUUAAAAAUUACUUCAAAAUUAUCUUCAAGUCAUUAACACAUUUUGUUUAAAUAAAUGAAGAAGUGGAAUUGAGAAUAUGAAGUGUUACUUUAUAAAGAUAAGAUGCUGAGACUCAAGUUGCGAAAAUAAACUUCAAAUGUGAUAAAACAAAUAAUUUAUAAGUGGA